AUGUCAGCCAGCGUGCCAGCGACAGACCCAGCGGUCUACGCUGAAUACCAAGCCAAAUGGUCCAAGCUUCCAGACUCCGCAGAGACAUGGCUCAUUAGAGCUCGUGAAGUUUCCGAGGUGCUAGCUAAAGAUGCGGCCCAAAGAGACCAGGAGAACAAGUCGCCGCGGGCCGAAGUGGCCCUGCUCAAGCAUUCAGGCUUGACAAAGCUUCUAGGACCUCAGAAGUAUGGUGGUGGCGGACAGCCCUGGAGUGUUGGAUAUAAGGCGAUACGAGAGGUUGCGAAAGCAGAUGGGUCCAUUGGUAUGCUGCUUGGCUACCACCUUCUCUGGUCUACCAUUGCAAAUGUGGUUGGCACCCCCGAACAAGCCGAUCGAACACAUCAGUUGAUCAUCUCAAACAACUACUUUGUCGGUGGCGCUGUGAAUCCCCGCGAUAGCGACUUGAAGAUUACUCUGGACGGGGAGCAUCUCGUGUUUAAUGGCAGCAAAUUCUUCAACACCGGAGGCGUCGUAUCCGAUCUCACCGUUCUUGAGGGCGUAGUGGAUGGCACUCAAGAUCAUAUCUUCGCGUUGGUCGAGACUCGACAACCCGGCAUCCAGUUUGCUCACAAUUGGCACAACAUCGGGUUGCGCCUUACUGAAUCUGGAGGUGUGAAGAUAGAGAAUGUCCGGGCUCCGUGGUCAGAUGCCCUAGGAUGGGAUGUAGCUACCAAGAAGCCUCGCGACGAUACCCUGAAGAUUGUCUUCCCUACGUUGCUGCUGCCAACCAUCCAGCUAGUCUUCAGCAACUUCUAUCUAGGUAUUGCCCUCGGUGCUUUGGAAUUUGCCUCCAAGUACACCACGACCGCAACACGGCCUUGGCCAUUCGGCGGUGAGAACAAGGAGUCUGCCACCGAUGAGUUCUACAUCCUUGAACGCUAUGGCAAUUUCUUUGCGCAUCUGCGUGCCACAGAGGCUCUCGCUGAUCGAGCAGGCGACCAACUCUCGGGGCUCUAUACGCAGUAUCAGACCCAGAAGUCUAACCUCACGGCCCAAGAGCGUGGAGACGUUGCUGAAUGGGUGGCAAGCGUUAAGGUCGUUGCCACGGAUGUUGGACUCCGAGUCACCUCUGGUAUAUUUGAGGUAACUGGAUCACGGGCCACGGCAUCGAAGGUGGGGUUGGAUCGAUUCUGGAGAGAUAUUCGAGUGCAUACUCUUCAUGAUCCGGUGGCGUACAAGAAUCGGGAAUUGGGCCGAUAUGUACUGUUGGGGGAGAUUCCCGAGCCCAGCUGGUAUACUUAG